AGCCGUCCGCAAACUUCCACCUGAUUGUGCGGGACUCUCGGACCUGCGAACACUAAAGUCCUUCCUUGCACACCUGCCGGGGCGACCGAGAGCUGCGGAGGGCCACAGCAAAGAGAGCGGCUGCAGACCCUACAGGGUUAAGGAACCCAGGUGCUCCGGGUCUCGGAGGGCCACGGCGACAAUGACAGCUGACAAGGAGAAGAAAAGGAGCAGCUCAGAGCUGAGGAAGGAGAAAUCCCGAGAUGCCGCAAGGUGCCGGCGCAGCAAGGAGACGGAGGUCUUCUAUGAGCUGGCUCAUGAGUUACCCCUGCCUCACAGUGUGAGUUCCCACCUGGACAAAGCCUCCAUCAUGCGCCUGGCCAUCAGCUUCCUUCGGACACAUAAGCUCCUGUCCUCAGUCUGUUCUGAAAAUGAAUCUGAAGCUGAGGCUGACCAGCAGAUGGAUAACUUGUACCUGAAAGCCUUGGAAGGUUUCAUUGCUGUGGUGACCCAAGACGGUGACAUGAUCUUUCUGUCGGAAAACAUCAGCAAGUUCAUGGGACUUACCCAGGUAGAACUAACAGGACACAGCAUCUUUGACUUCACUCAUCCUUGUGACCAUGAGGAGAUCCGUGAGAACCUGACUCUCAAAAACGGCUCCGGUUUUGGGAAGAAGAGCAAAGACAUGUCUACCGAGCGUGACUUCUUCAUGAGGAUGAAGUGCACAGUCACCAACAGAGGCCGGACUGUCAACCUCAAGUCGGCCACCUGGAAGGUCUUGCACUGCACGGGGCAAGUGAGAGUCUACAACAACUGCCCCCCUCACAAUAGCCUCUGUGGCUAUAAGGAACCCUUGCUGUCCUGCCUUAUUAUCAUGUGUGAGCCAAUCCAGCACCCAUCCCACAUGGACAUCCCCUUGGACAGCAAGACUUUCCUGAGCCGCCACAGCAUGGACAUGAAGUUCACCUAUUGUGAUGACAGAAUCUUGGAACUGAUUGGUUACCAUCCUGAGGAGCUACUUGGCCGCUCUGCCUAUGAGUUCUACCAUGCCCUGGACUCGGAGAACAUGACCAAAAGUCACCAGAACUUGUGCACCAAGGGGCAGGUAGUAUCCGGACAGUACCGGAUGCUAGCCAAACAUGGAGGAUAUGUGUGGCUGGAGACCCAGGGGACCGUCAUCUACAACCCCCGAAACCUGCAGCCUCAGUGCAUCAUGUGUGUCAACUAUGUCCUGAGUGAGAUAGAGAAGAACGAUGUGGUGUUCUCUAUGGACCAGACGGAAUCCCUGUUCAAGCCACACCUGAUGGCCAUGAAUAGCAUCUUUGACAGCAGUGACGAUGUGGCCGUAUCUGAGAAGAGCAACUACCUGUUCACCAAACUGAAGGAGGAACCGGAGGAGCUGGCCCAGUUGGCCCCCACCCCAGGAGACGCCAUUAUCUCCCUGGAUUUCGGAAGCCAGAACUUUGACGAGUCCUCAGCCUAUGGCAAGGCCGUCCUUCCCCCAGGCCAGUCCUGGGCUGCAGAGCUGAGGAGCCACAGUGCCCAGAGCGAGCCCGGGAGCCUGCCAGCCUUCACUGUGCCCCAGGCAGACACCCCAGGGAACACCACACCCAGCGCCACAAGCAGCAGUAGCUGCUCCACGCCUAGCAGCCCCGAGGACUACUACUCAUCUCUGGAGAAUCACUUGAAGAUCGAAGUGAUCGAGAAACUCUUUGCCAUGGACACGGAGGCAAAGGACCCGUGCAGUACCCAGACGGACUUCAAUGAACUGGACUUGGAGACCCUGGCCCCCUACAUCCCUAUGGAUGGUGAGGACUUCCAGCUAAGCCCCAUCUACCCGGAGGAGCCGCUCAUGCCGGAGAGCCCCCAGCCCAACCCCCAGCACUGCUUCAGUACCAUGACAAGCAUCUUCCAGCCACUAACCCCGGGGGCCACCCAUGGCCCCUUCUUCCUCGAUAAAUACCCGCAGCAGUUGGAAAGCAGGAAGACAGAGCCCGAGCACUGGCCCAUGUCGUCCAUCUUCUUUGACGCUGGGAGCAAAGGGUCCCUGCCACCAUGCUGUGGCCAAGCCAGCACCCCUCUCUCUUCUAUGGGGGGCAGAUCCAACACUCAGUGGCCUCCAGAUCCACCAUUACAUUUUGGCCCUACCAAGUGGCCUGUGGGUGAUCAGAGCGCUGAAUCCCUGGGAGCUCUGCCAUUGGGGUCAUCGCAGUUGGAGCCUCCGAGCACCCCGCCUCAUGUCUCCAUGUUCAAGAUGAGGUCUGCAAAGGACUUUGGGGCUCGAGGCCCAUACAUGAUGAGCCCAGCCAUGCUAGCCUUGUCCAACAAGCUGAAGCUGAAGCGCCAGCUGGAGUAUGAGGAGCAAGCCUUCCAAGACACAAGUGGGGGGGAUCCUCCAGGCACCAGCAGUUCACAUUUGAUGUGGAAACGUAUGAAGAGCCUCAUGGGUGGAACCUGUCCUUUGAUGCCUGACAAGACCAUCAGUGCGAAUGUGGCCCCCGAUGAAUUCACCCAGAAAUCCAUGAGAGGCCUGGGCCAGCCACUGAGACACCUGCCACCUCCCCAGCCACCCUCUACCAGAAUCCCAGGGGAGAAUGCCAAGACUGGGUUCCCACCACAAUGCUAUGCCUCCCCGUUCCAGAACUACAGUCCUCCAGGAGCUCAAAAGGUGUCCGGUGUGGCAAGUCGACUGCUGGGGCCAUCGUUCGAGCCUUACCUGUUGCCAGAACUGACCAGAUAUGACUGUGAGGUGAACGUCCCCGUGCCUGGAAGCUCCACACUCCUGCAGGGGAGAGACCUUCUCAGAGCUCUGGACCAGGCCACCUGAGCCAGGGCCUCUGGCCGGGCAUGUACCUGCCCUGCCAUCUUGGCCUGCCAGCUUCACUUCCGUCUGUGUUGCAAUUCCGUAUCUCUAACACCAGCGCACUUCUCACGAGACAUACUCACCUGGCCUACUGGCCAGGUCACCAAGCAGUGGCCUUUAUCUGACAUGCUCACUUGAUUAGCCAUGGUUUUAAAAUACAUAGGUGUUUUACCUGCUAUGUUUUACAGUUGAUGAAAGUGUUCUGAAAUUUUAUAAGAUUUCCCCCUCCCUCCCUUGAAUUACUUCUAAUUUAUAUUCCCCAAAGGUUUCUCUCUCACAUUCAGUAUCCAUACUAACAAGCAUGGUGGCUGGCUUCUCCUUAGGAAAGCUUUGGCUUCAUUCAACUAAAGUGUUCUUGUCCUUGUUGUUGCCAAAGAGAAAAGGAUUUUGCUUUUCAAGCUCCGCAGUGGAUUCUCCCUGUCUUUCUCCCUCUCCCCCUCCCUCUUCCUUCUCCUCCUCCUCCUCCUCCUCUUCUCUCUCUCUCUCUCUCUCUCUCUUUCUCUCUCUCUCUCUCACACACACACACACACACACACACCUAAAAUUUACUGUUUUUAAAGCCAACUCUUAGCUCCAAUUUUCAUACAACUUAGUAUGGGGCAAAAAAGCAAUGUGAAGAGUCAACUCUAGGAUUACCUGUGAAGCCACAAGAUGGUGUUCCUAAGCCAUUUGGUGAUGUCCCCCAUCUCACCCCGGGUCCACUAGAUUUUUUUAAACUAUUAUUCAAAAGCAAAACUGAGUUUUGUUUUGUUUUGUUUUUUAAAGAAAAUUUUAUAUCCGGGUUUAGUGUUUAUCGUAUAUAUGGGUACUUUGUAAUAUCUAAAAGCUUAGAAAUGAAAUCCUGCUCACAAAAAUCACUUUUAAGAUCUUUUUAAGGAUGUUAAUUUUUUCUCAGUGUUCUGAACUCUGUAGACCUGUGCAGUACCCACAGGCCUGACUAACUGCCAGGGAUCCUCUCUCUCUCUCUCUCUCUCUCUCUCUCUCUCUCUCUCUCUCUCUCUCUCUCUCUCUCUCGUGACUUCUUGCUUUUGUGAUAUGGCAGAGGUGUGACAGUUAUACCAAGAGUGAAGUCAUUCAGGGGGAUCAUUGCAAGCUCUCUUCUCUCCUCGAGUUCUCUGUGUAUUAUGCAUGUGUGCGCUGUUGCUGAGGGCUCUGAGGCGGUGGCGGGCUGAGGGUGCAUUGCAGGCGGGCAGGAAGUGCUUUCACCUUUUUUUCAGGCAGUGUUACUAGCCCUUCAAGUGCACUGAGCUAUGUGACUGCCAAUCUCUCUCAUGCAUGCAGCACAUUUGGGUGUUUCCACAACUACCAUGAAAUGGUUUUAAUGGGAAUUCACAAAACAAGUGAGGAUUCACAAAUACAGUGGUCUGGCCCUUGGAGCUAAACUUGGAGAGAGUGCCAGGUGGAGGGUAGCAGGUCUGACCAGCCCUACACCCUGCCACAAAUCACAGCUUGCCAGGCAAAUGGCCCUGCGAAGUCACCGUGCAGAGCCCCUGCUGGAGAGCAGCGGGCAGACCUCCAGGGUCUCAGUCACAUGAAGUGACUUGAACAGGUAGAAAGCACUGAAAAUGGUGUUCCAAGAGCACUUUGUAACUCACUGAGGGGAAGGGGAAGCACCUUUUGGGUUUGUGAUACCAAUUGACAUAAGGUGUUGUUGACUCGGGUACAAUAAAACUUUCAACACACACAAAGCCCAUCAGGCAAGAAUGCAUGCAGUAAGCCUAAAGUAACUUGCUGCUCAAACCAAAAAUUAACUUUGAAAGUCAAUCUACCUGAAAUUACCUAGGCAUGGUGUUGUCUGAGCUGCACAUCGGUGCACAGUGUGGCCUGACACACAGUGACAGGACUUGAUGGGUUGUUGACAUGCAAAUGAUGGUAUUUGAUUUCCUGUGUUGUUGCCUCUGCAUUGAGAGCAUUUCCAUUUGCAGUUUUACUAAAAACACUGAGAAAUAUUCCAAGUUUCAUAUUAACCUUUCCUGUCCAUGUAACAACUUCAUGACCAUUACUGCACUGUCAAAUUCCUACUGACGACGUUAUAACUGUACGGGAGCUUAACUUUAUAAGAAAAUGUAUUUUGACACUGAUAUCUUAUUAAAGUAUUCUGAUCCUAUCCUA